AUGGGAGGAACCACGGCCAGAGAGGCAGUCACUCCUGCCCAGACUACGGGAGAAUUCUCCCAAAACUUCCCGAUGCCAAUCUGGACCAGGACAGCAGGAGUCACCAACCCCGAGCUGACGCGGUCGCCCAACGACAGAGACGGCACAACGACCCAAUCCACGGCCAGAGACGGAGGACUUGAUGUGCGAGGCGGCUCAAAUGCAGGAGCAUACAUUGUACUAGCAGUAGGAUGUGUCGUGUUCGUCGUGUGCACUAGCGUCAUUGUCGUCUGUCUUCUGAAAAGACACAAGAGGUCUACCGACAAUUACAACAAAGAACACGAAAACUCACAAGGAUCAAAUCAUCUCGUUUUGGGAGAGCUGGAAAACUCGCAGGCAGGACAGGCCGCUCUUAAUGUAGUCGACAGCUCGGCAGAAUAUGCUUACUGUGCUGUGGAGGGAAGAGAAUAUUCAGAGGUUGACGCAGGACACGUUAGUGCUCCUACUCAAGCACUGGUCAAGACCCGCCAAGCCAAGCAGGCCGCUCCUAAAGCAGCCGACAACUCAGCAGAAUACUCUUACUGCGCUGUGGAGGGGAAAGGAAUUCCAGUCGACGCAGGAUACGUUAAUGCUCCUAAUCAAGCACCGGUCAAGACCCGCCAAGCCCAGAAGGCCGCUCCUAAAUCAGUUGACACCUCGGCAGAAUACGCUUACUGCGCUGUGGAGGGAAGAGAAUAUUCAGAGGUAGACGCAGGACACGUUAAUGCUCCUACUCCAGCACCGGUCAAGACCCGCCAAGUUCAGAAGGCUGCUCCCAAAUCCGUCGACAACUCAGCAGAAUACACUUACUGCGCUGUGGAGGGAAAAGGAAUUCCAGUCGACGCAGGAUACGUUAAUGCUCCUACUCCAGCGGUCAACACCCGCCAAGCUGAGAAGGCAGCUCCUAAUCCAGGCGACAACUCGGCAGAAUACGCUUACUGCGCUGUGCAGGGAAGAGGAAUUCGAGAAGGCAGUGUGGACGCAGAAGCGGGAUAUCUUCUGCCUAAUCCAGCACCAAUCAAGACCUCUGUGAACAUUUGAUGUCAAAACUAAAAACCGAGCAGUGAGUUUGCUGAGAAAAUAGCGGAUCGGUAUUACCAAGAACUAGACAAAACAAACACCGACUAUCUUCAUGUUUGAAGAAGGGGGUAACUCAUCGGGAGAAAGGUGACGGGCAACCAGCAACUGAGUCUGCCUACACAGGUUAUUAACAAACAAACUCUACCAUGAGACUUAAUAAAAACUCCUCUAUCGAAACGAUGAGGCUAUCAAUAUGCACCUUUGACAAAAUCUGUUGCCAAGCACGGCUUAAAUGUAUGCCCUUGGUGCAGCCCAUACAAAA